AUGUUAACAGGAAUAUCUCCAUUCUAUGGUGAUGGUUCUGAGCAGAACAUAAUACAUAAUACAAAGACUGCUAAAUUAAAUUUCAAUUCAAAACAAUGGAAUUUGGUGUCAGACAAUGCUAAAGAUUUUGUUGGAAAACUUCUGACAGUUGAAGUAAAAAAAAGAAUGGAUACCGAUCAAAGUUUUGCACAUGAUUGGAUCUAUAGACAUAAGGAUAAGUUAGAGAAGAUAUAUUUGAAGAAAAUAUUGAGUAUUGAUAAUAACGAUGGCACCUUGGAUAAUAAUUUUAAAUUCGACUGGAAAAGAAGACUACCAAAAUAUGUUUCAGUAGCAUCAAAUACGUCGGUUCGAACCAAAAAGGUCAAAAGGCAACUCUAA